AUGGAAAGAGCUCUUAAGCUAGACCAUCAAUACCCCGCUACUCACCGAGAUGCAUUUUGCAUUCCCACCUAUGGAUCAAUGGGUCUGAGAAGUGACGGAGCUAAAGCGUCAGAUUACUCACCCGUUACUUAUCUGUGCGGAAACUCGCUAGGAUGCAUGCCCAAAUCUACGAGGAAUGCAAUCAGCCAAGAAUUGGAUGCUUGGGCUGACCGUGCUGUAGAGUCUCACUUUCGUCAUCGUGGAGAGCAGCAAGGAUUGACCUCCUGGAUGGAUAUCGAUUUGCCGUUGUCCAAUCUUCUACCAUCAUUGGUCGGCGCUUUGGAAUCUGAAGUUGCAGUGAUGGGCUCCUUGACUUCGAAUCUUAACGCUCUUAUGGUUUCUUUCUACCGUCCUACUUCCACUAAGUUUAAAAUUCUAUGUGAAAAGGGCGCGUUCCCAUCAGACUUUUAUGCUUUCUACAACCAAUGCGCAAUCCACAACUUGGAUCCAGAUGAGGCUCUCAUUAGAUUGGAAGCCCGAGAAAGCGAGACGUUUUUGCGUACCGACGAUAUAAUCAAGGCGAUAAGCGACAACAAAGACGAGCUGGCAUUGAUUUGCUUACCAGGCAUUCAAUACUACACUGGACAGUGGUUCGACAUGGAAAAGAUCACCAAGUUUGCUCACCAGUGCAAGGGCAUUGUGGUUGGAUGGGACUUGGCACAUGCUGUCGGUAACGUUCCGCUCGGGCUACACGACUGGGGCGUUGAUUUUGCAUGUUGGUGUUCUUACAAGUAUCUGAAUGCUGGUCCCGGUGCAAUUGCGGGCAUAUUUGUGCAUGAGAGACACACUCAAGUAGGAUCAUCGGAAAAACAAUCGUACCUUCCCCGUUUGGCAGGGUGGUGGGGUAACAACAGAGAGAGGAGAUUCCAAAUGAAAGAGAUUUUUGAACCUAUCUCUGGAGCUUUAGGGUUUCGUCAGUCGAACCCCAGCGUGAUUGACGUAGUCGCACUAAGAUCAUCCCUAGAGGUCAUCAAAGAUUUCGGCGGUAUCAAUGCAAUGAGAGAAAGAUCUCUGUUAUUAACCAACUAUCUAAUGGAAUUGCUGAUGGAAUCGCGGUUCUACCACAAGUCAGCUCCAAACGGAGUUUCGGCACCAGGGUUUACAAUUCUCACGCCACCGGAAGAAAAGGACCGUGGUGCUCAACUCUCGCUGUUAUUGUUCCCUCAUCACUCUGAUCGCAAAUUAGACACAAUGGAAAGAGUCUUCGAAUAUAUGAAUGAACGAGGAAUAAUUGUGGAUGAACGUCGACCUAACGUGAUUCGGAUUGCACCCGCACCACUUUAUAAUACGUUUCAAGACGUGUUUAGGGCCGUUGAUAUUCUCGAUGAAGCUCUAGAGUCGAUUAUUUGA